AUGCUUCAAGUCAAUCUCACACGUUCAAAUCGAGGUAAUUUUUUAGAGAUUCUUAAAUGGGCAGCACAGACUGAUCCAGUAGUGCAGUUAAUUUUUCAAGAUUCCACGAGCAAUGCUACUUAUUUAAGUGAUGAUAUUCAAAAUGAAUUAAUUCAUAUAAUGAGUAAUCAAAUACGUGAAGAUAUUGCUUUCAUGUUGACUAACUGUAAUUAUGCACUAAUGGCUGAUGAAUGUCGAGAUAUAAGUGAUGAAUUCGAUGCUGAAGUAUUAGCUAACAAGAUUGUUGACUUUUUAAAAAGUUUCAAUAUUUCUUCAGAUUCAUGCAUUUGUUUAUGUUUUGAUGGAGCAUCAGUUAUGUUUGGUCGCCAUGCAGGUGUUCAUGUUUUACUAAGAAAAUAUAUGCCAAAAGGUAUUUAUAUUCAUUGCUCUGCACGUCGUCUCAAUUUGGUUGUUAUUGACACUUUUAGUGUUGUACGUUACAUGUCAGCUUAUUUCUCGAUCGUAUCAAAUAUUUAUUCCUUCUUCACUGAAUCUGGUGUAACCAAUAUGUAUUUUAAAAUAGCACAACAAGAGUUAGAUUUAGGUAGUUAUUCUAUAUUAUUUAUCAAACGUGGUUUAUUUUCAUUUAUUGUUAUUUUAGCUAAAUCUUUUAAGUUGAAAUUCUGGAGCUUAACUCGAUGGGAUUCUAGGUGGGGCUCAACUGAUGCGAUUAUUAAUAAUUCUGCGGCAGUUAUCAAAGCAUUGGUUGAUAUCAGCGAAGAAGAUGGUGAUUCACGCUCAGUUAAUGCUGGUGGGUUAUUGAAACAUGUGAAAAAAUCAAUAUUUAUUAUAACUUCGUUUAUUCUUCAUCAAUUGUUUGGAAUUAUCAAGAUCCUUAGCGAUCAAUUGAAAAAUUAUUUGCAUAGUGAAUAUUUCAUAAAAUCUAUCAUUCGACAGAUCAAAGAUCAUCGUCCUGAACAAUCAUUUCAACAAGUUUAUGAUAAAGCAAAAGAAUUUUGUAGUAAAAAUGAAAUUGAAUUCGUUCACCAAUAUCAAUCAUAUCGAACCAAAGUUUCAGCGAGAUUUGAAGAAAUUAUUAUAGAUUCAGCUGUCGGCCAACGUGAAGUUUUAUCAGCAUCAACAGAUUUUAUGAAUCGCAUUAUUUUUCCUUUGAUCGAUUGUGUGUUAUUCGAACUGAAUGACAGAUUUUCAUCAAAAACUUAA